CCUCAGCAGGGCAGCGUGUAACUUUCCAUCAGUUGGUCUCUUUUGUUCAGGCAUCAUCCACCAAACACAUGCAGGAUCACACAAUUUAAGUAAUUACUUAAAAUACUUAAGUAGGACCAACAGAUUCCUGGGCUUAAUGGUAAUAUGUUUACCACUCCUGGUUAUAAACAAAACCCAGCUGACAAGUCUUAGCUGGCCAGGACAUUUUCAGUAUGAUGGUGAAACCUUUGGGCUGAGAGUAACGUGUGGUACUGAGGGAAUGCUGGAAGGUGCAAGGCUCCGAGCGGUCACAAGAAUGCACUGAAAAGCACUGAUGUGCUGUACAGUGGUUGUGUGACCGAGAGCGUCAGCGCUGAGAUUGCUCUUGUCCUGCAGAGGGGGGCAAUACCGCUUUGUCUUAUUGAGGAAAGGAAAUACAGAUCUGCUUUGGUACGUUUUUAAAAACGUUUGAAGGGAAGAUCAACCAUGUGGAGUUUUCUCUUACAGCUCUGGCAGGAGUAGAGCGUGCAACAGCAGCGUGAGCCGCCUGAAGAACUUUGAAACGUCUCAAAUGGACUAAAACAGCGAUAUUCCCAAUAAGUGCAGAGGUUGCUGUUAUUUGGUAGAUACAGUAGCAGGAGAUCCAGAGGUUCUGCAAGCAGAUGCUGAAACAUACUAUGAAAAACUGUUGAAGCAGUCGUCAUCUGCUCCUGAUUUUUUUUCCAUCCCUGGAGGAGAAAAGAUAAGCUGCCCAGGCGCUGCCCUAACGCUUUGGUACUGCCUGUACCCUGAGGCUUAAUUCAUUGUUUGCAAAACACCGCAAGUACUCAGCUGGACUGUGCUGUUAAACUUGAAGAUUCCUGUGUGUGUUUUGUACCCCUCUACCGAAAUAGUCCUUCUUGCAAAAUGUUGCUGUUAACUGAUCCACAGGAUAAAGAGACAGUUUUGGCACUUUAUAUGAACCAGCGAUGGUGGCCUGUUGAAGAUGUUGUAAAAACUGCUGACCCUUCUAGAGAUGGGUUGAUUUCGGUCCAGACGUUUGGAGAAAGGAUUGUCCUCUUUGUUCUAAACUACAUUAUUUUCGGAAUGCCAGAAGGGAAUUCAGCUAAUGAUGCAUUCUUUCUACCUCACUCUGCCACUGAGUGUGCCAAAAUACUCUGGAGAAAUGGCGAGGCUGUUGCCUUUUACUCAGUGAAGAUGAAAGGGAGUCUAUGUGAUGGUACUACCAGUCAGUGUUACUUGCUGCCAGUUUUGGAUACUAUAUUUGUCCAGAGAAAGUAUAGAAGAGGCGGCCUAGGGAUGAAAAUGCUGCAUGAUUUCUGUCAGUCUUUCAAGACUGAGGAUGCCUUGGGGAUCAGCUGCCCUAUUUCUGCUGCCAUGUAUCAAGUUUGCCUGAAAUACUUGCAGACUUACCCCGAGGAGCAGAAGCGACUCUGGGAGGUGGAAGCACCAGGAGAUUGGAGCCAGCGAGUGAAUAUCUGGUUAAAAAUUCAGAUGGAGUCAUCCCUUUCAGGAAUACCAUUCUUGGAUGGAAGCAAAAACAUUUUCAUUAUGGCUUUUGGAAGAUUGAACGUUCUCUCCUACAAGGGCAUGGAAUACAUUCUUGAUGUUGAGAAAGAAGCAGGAGGUACCACAGGAAAAUAAAUAAAUGAACAAAGAAGAUGACAUAGCAAGCAGUAAAAGGACUCUAAACUCACUGAGUCCUGAGCGGCAGGACAUAGAACAAGGUGGAGGCAAUAGUCAUCAAUGCAAAGGAUCCAGAAGAGGAGCAGAUCCUGGGGAUGUUGUUGGAGACAAGGCUGUCAAAUGAUUCAGAAUUAUACCAUAACUGCACUCUAAAAAUGCAGCAAAAUCUCAGUCUAGUUUUAAAAAAAAAAAUGUAAUCGAGUGUGCAUAAUUUGUAACACCAGAUAAAUUUUUUUUCAGGAAGAUGUAAUUUUUUUUGCAAGGAGCAUGUUCUCUGUCUUGUGUUUUGUUUUAAUAAAGCUUUUCUUUAGUGAUUGUCUUUUCAUUUUUUUUCUUACCAAGUGAUUGAGCCUAGUUAUUUCCCUGCUCAGGAAAGAUUUUAAUGGAUUGCAUGAGAUGACCAAAAGGGAAUAAUUGGAGGGCUCGCAGAUUCUGAUGUAAGAAGAUAUUUCUAUGGAAACCACAUCCUGCAUUAUGGAAGAGAGAUACCGCAACACACAUUGGUAUCAGAAUGACAGCUGUAACCUUCCUUUCAAAGUGAACAAUUGAUGUUUCAAUUGCUUUCAUUUGAGCUUUUCUAGCAGAAAAAUCUGCCUUAAACCCUGUGGUGGACAGGAGGUUAUGCAAACUCCAUUAAUGCAGAAAAAGUUCAGUACACAGAAGAAGGCGAGCUAUAGGCCUUAAGCUGCCUUUAAAUUCAGACACUGUGAUCAUUCUGUGAGCAAUUUUAGAGUGUAGCACUUUGUGUAGAUUAUAUAUUGCAUGUUUCAUUUCAGGUAGGAUCUUUUUUUUAAUUUAAUUAACAUAGAAGUGUAACAUGUUUCACCAGAUUACUUGGGUCACGGCUCGAUGAAGAAAUCUUGUUCACUGAAAACUGAUUCUGUAUUAAAUUCUUUUUAGUGAAAAAUUUCUAAUGCUUGAAUAUGGUAUUAAUAAUUGAAAGUGAAUUCUUAAGAAUCAGGUCUUUAGUCUUGUGAGGAAUUCUCUGCAAAGAGAUGAGCCCAGUGGUGAGCAGCACCAGAGUCUUGAGGAACCUGAAUAGAUUUAGCAGCCUGAAUUCUUAAAUGGAUGUCUUGGAAGAAGAAGAGGUAGCUAUUUCUUUCCAGAAACAAAUCCAGUAUUGCCAGGGAGGCUCUGUUCCUAGGGCUCUUUUGUCUCAAAGAGAAUAAGAGGAUACAGUUAGGACUAACUGAAUCUUCAGGUUGAUAGUCUACAGGCUACAGAGGAGUACAGACUUGCUCUUCAUUCUUUCAGAAAUGUGGGCUUAUGGAACAAUUAGUCUGAGUAUUUAUUUGUUUAUUAAUUUUUGUUGAUAUUUGUGCUCUAAUGUAUCUGAUUCAUUUAGAAGCUUGGAUCUUGACACUACAUGGAUUUUAAGGCUAGAAAUUUCAUUAUGUUCAUCAAUCUUGAUGUUUUACAUAUUGUAAGCCAGACAGUUUUAUGCAUUGUUGCUGUAUCAAAAAUGAUUGGUUUUGGUUGAAAUAUAGCCCAUUUUAUAGAAAGAUGA